AUGGACGCCAACCAGGAUACGGUCAGGCAAAUGCAUGGAAUAGCGCCCGGGGUUUCUACUCCUCAGUUCAUGAAUUCUCUAAUCAAGACUCUAGAGCUUAUGGGAGUGAAGGGCCCAAGUAAUCCAAGCGCUGCACAAGUAGCAUACCGCCUAACAAAGUUGGUUACUGCGGAAAAGAGAGUAAUGAGAAAAGAAAAGGAUUACUUCAAUAGUAUCUCUAACUGGGUCAACGGUUUACCUAACCAUGAAAAUUCCAGAUUGUUGGUUGAAUUUAACCGACUUACUGAUAUUCGAAUAAGAACUCAAGAGGAAUUGGUCAGAAAGCAGGAAAAUAUAAACCUACAGUUGUCUCAUGUUUUCCAAAGAGAACAUAAAGUUGAGACUCAAAUGGCUAAGAGAACCAAUACCCAGGAGGUAUUGAGAGAUGAAGAAAGAAAAAAAGGUGAAGGUCAAAGUAUUCAUCUGGCACGAGAGAAGUUGGAGGAGAUUGAUGCAUCCAUUGAAGUAAUCAACGAACAAAUGAUAAAAGCCAUUAAUACUUCUCUGAAGAAAGCAUUUAUUGAUUAUGUUAUCUGCCUUCAAACUUCUUGUAACAGAUUAGAGGAAGGAUGUGAUGAAUUCUUCGAAUACGUCAAUUCGGGCACAUCGGUCUACUCGUUGAAUAACAAUCUAGAGACUAAUUUGGAAAAGAUCCAACAGAUAUCCACUUCUAGAAACUCCUCUGAGAAUAAGGAAAAUCGUCUUAAGGAUAGGGCCAGUGACUUCAAAAUACGAAACCAUGGUGAAAUUAGAGAAGAAAGAGAGAUUCAGGAAGAUGAUGAUAUAGCUGCCAAGACCAAUUAUGUUACAGAAGAAAACGCAUGCACUCAAUGCAAUGCUUUGCUUAAAGAGGGUAAAGUUGUACAUGCUUCCUUCUGUUCUCAGUUCAAGAAAGUUGCCGCGGAAAGACCCGAAUCUUCUCAAAGCAUCUCAAUGCCAGGAAGGAUGUCACUCAGAAUCCCAAGUUUACUGAGACCAAGGGAGGCAACCGUAUGGCAGUAG